AUGGAUGAAGAAUCAUUGUUGCGUUUGUGUUCUUCGGCGUUUACCAGUGCAGAGAUUCAAAAGUCGAAAGCAUUGUUUUUUGAUGCUAUACCAUCGGAUAAGCGAAAAAUACAACGUAAGAGAGAGGGAAAAGAAAAACGUGACCGGCAGGAUAUUAUUCAGCUUUUUAAAACUAGUGUACCUGAUCUGAUUCCUGUCUUUGUUGCAAGGGAGUUAGAAAAAUUACCACCAAUUACCUUCGAUCAUCUUGACUGUACAAAACUACUAAAGGAUAUUACAAAAUUACGUUUCGAUAUAGACUGCAUAAAGUCGACGUACACUCCACUUGAACAGCAUAAAGAGCUUGAAAGUAAAGUAUUGGUAAUGAAGGAUAUUCAUCCGCCGCGCACGUGUAAUAUGAACCCAAGGCUGAGUGCUUGGAGCCUUGAUAGUGGACCAAUAGGUAUGUCUGCUAUACAUGAUUCCACUUUAGUUAGGUCUAAAGAGAUGAAGAAUACAAAUAUAUCGUCGUCACUAAUACGAGACGAAAAAAUCACCUAG